GCAAGCAGAUGUGUUGUCACUCAUAAUCAAGAUCCUGCAUCCGUCUUUCUUCCAUCUGCAAGUUUUCACUUUAUUGCAUCCUUACAUCAUCUCUGAGUGAGACGAGCUCUCGUGCACAGGUUUCCUGCUUCCCUGCCAGUCCACCCCAAGGUUCAUGGGUUGAACCAACACUCUCCUCUCCUCCGUUCUCUCCUCCUCUUCAUGAUCCUGACAGCCCCUGAAGUGCCCCCCCUCCGUCCUGCAGCCCCGCUCCGUCGGCUCCCAUCGUCAGCACUACCACCAGUGUGAUGGUUUGUUGUGCCUCGGGCUUGUUUGGAGCAUCACCCACCACGACACAGACUUGCGGACGCAGCAGCCACUAGAGUGAAAGACACAGAGAGCCAGAGGCGUGGAGGGGGGGAUAGGGAGAGACAGACAGAGCGAGCAGGACCACAGUAGAGAGGAGGGACCAUCUGUCCCCGCAGCAGAGGGAUCCACCUGUCCCAAAGAGGAAGGGGGCCCCCCCACCUGAUCCAUCUGGUUGCAGGGGGGGACCCUGCGUGGCCGGGAAGGCAACAGAGACUAUGCAGCUGGGACUGGUGGCGCUGGCAAUGGUCUUCCUCAGCUCCAUGGGUCACAGCGACGCUCUCAAGCUCUCCAAGACGAGAAGGCAGAGACGGGUUAGCACUGAGGGGCCGCCAUCUUGCCCCAAAGGCUGUGACCGAUGCUCGGAGUACAAUGGCUGCAUCAAGUGUAAGCCCAAGCUCUUCAUCUUCCUGGAGCGCAACGACAUUCGUCAGAUAGGAGUGUGCCUCGCCUCCUGCCCCGUGGGAUACUUCGGGAUGAGGAACCCAGAAGGCAACAACAGAUGCACCCAAUGUAAAAUAGACAACUGUGAAGCGUGUUUCAAUCGCAAUUUUUGCACAAAAUGUAAGGAGGGCUUGUAUUCGCACAGUGGCCGAUGCUACGUCAGCUGCCCUCCAGAUCAGCUCACCGCCAACGAGACCAUGGAGUGUGUCGGUCAGCGUGCUGCAGCGUGCAAACUGGGCGAGUGGAGCCAGUGGGGUUCCUGCAUGAAGAAGAACAAAACAUGUGGAUUUAAGAAAGGCUCGCAGUCUCGGGUCCGCUCGCCACUGCUGCAGGUUGCCGGCCCGGACACCUCGCCGCCCUCAGAAGCCUGCGCUCCGCAGACCGAAAAAAAGAAGUGCGUUGUGAACAAGACGCCCUGUGCAAGAGAGGGGAAGAAUAAAGGAGACCAACAAGACGAUACGACUCGCAGGGAGAGGGAGAAUACUCGUGGGCGAGGACGAGAAGGAAAAGAUGGCAGAGGAGGGGGAGGAGGAGGAGGAGGAGGAGGAGGAGGAGGAGGAGGAGGAGGAGGAGGAGGAGGCGGCGGCGGGAAGAGGAGAAAAGGCCAGAGCAGGACGACCACUGCUGCGAGCAUCACAACCAGCUUUGUAUCCUAAUCGUCAGUGCGGGCUCGCUGGGGCGGAGAGAGAAGCAGAGACAGUGCCUCGCCCAGCUGUGACCGCCAUCGACGAGGGUCAAAGUGAAGGACUAACGCUGCUACGAGUUGCAGGAGAUGCAAAGAGAAGGCUGCUGCUGCGGCACAGGAGGCUUUGACGAGUUCUUUGAAUAGAUGAACUUGUCUGGAAGAGACUUGGUGACUUUCUGAGAGGGAUCUCUGUUGAGGGGAGCAAAGCCCCGGUGGAGAGACUGUGGUUCAGCAUCAUGGACAGAAACCUGACAAUGAAUGAAGGGGCCUCCUCAGCUCCCUCUUUUUCUCACAGUCCAAUUUUAAUCGCAACGUGUUCUUGAUUUGUUUUCGUGUCAGUAAGAGGUGGCGGAUGGAUGUUCAUAACAGCCGCUGUACAAGAUGUUAAGACAGUGAAUAGUUUUAAGUGAAAAAAAACAAAAAGGAAAGGCACUGGAAAGGAGGGUCGAGGGAGUCUACUACAACACAAGCCUAAGAGGAGACGUAGAGGAGGACCACUGAGAGCUCAGCUGGUGUCCUCCUCUGGUGUCUCCACAGACUUUGGCCAUUUCGUAUCUUAGUCGAUGUAUCGGAAAAUAUCUUCGCACAAAAAAAAAAAGGAUAAUGAAAAACAUAAAUAUUUGCAUGGUACAAGGUUGCAUGAGUGUGCCAUUGUGCAGGCAAGAGAGAGAGUGUGUCUGUGUGUGUGUGUGUGUGUGUUUGUGUGUGUCUACGUAAAGUCUGGUCUAUUGAGUAGUUUGAAUGCAUAUCUGCACGGAAUCGAGUUUGUGGUCGUUCAUGUGUGUUUACGUCUGUGUGUGAAUCUUGUUCUCACAGAUCGAAAGCAAUGGGGUGUGCAUAGCGAGAGGGAGACUAUGUAAAUGCACGGUGAUAUAUCGAAUAUGCAGUAACAUACAAGCCACCGAUUGUUUUAUAAGCCAUCAAAUCAUCCGCUGCUCAGUAAUCAUGUAUGUUUGCAACAGGGUCUGAAGAUUUUGCACAACUGUAAGGUUUCCUACUGCUCAAGUUUCAGAACAAUCAAAGCAUUUUUGUUACACAUUUAUAAUCCAAAAGCUUCAUAAAACGCAGUUACAGAGAUUUCUUUUCUUUUUCAAUGUCUAGAAUGUUUUCCAUGGGUCUGUUUGCUUUCCACUCGAUAGUUUCAGGAGAAGGUACUUGCUGCAGUUAUUCAUUCAUACUACGGAUCAUGAUACUGAAUAUGUUCGGACGCGAGAAGCAUUAGUAUCAUCAUGUAUAGCUUAUUCUGUGAAAGCCUCAAUAAAGUUCAGAUGAAGCAGAUGAAA